AUGCUGGAGUUCUUGGCCCUCAACCGCCAGCGUGUGAUACAGGUCGCAAAAGUUGGACAGCCUCAACACUCAGGCAGAGACAGCAACACGGUUGAGACUUUUGAUCCACUUUUAACUCUUGAGAAAAUCAGGGCAAUAAUGCUUUAUCACGAAGAGUCGAUUUCUUGGAUCCAUAAUGUCGUGCACUUACCCACCUUUCGCAAGCAGUGUGAGCAAUCAUUCGCCGAUCCAACUCAAAUUGAAGGGUCAUGGGUUGGCUUAUACUACGCCAUGCUAGCGGUAACUCUCUACCAUAUGGAUCCCUUGCUACUCCAAGAACUCGACAUUCAUCUUCCUCCCGAAAUAUGCUAUCAGAAGAGCAUCGACAGUCUUAAUGAUGCCGACUUUAUGGUUAAUCACAAUCUUUUCAGCAUCCAAGCAAUAUGCCUACUUAUAUAUAUUGGCCACAACAUUGGACAGUCUGACAGAAUAUCUGUGUUACUAGCGAGUGCAGUCCGAAUAGCGCAGUGUCUCUGUCUCCAUCGUCUUGGAUCCGACCCAAGAGAAAAUACCAAUACAGUUGAAGAGUCUCCGCGGGCCAUGCAACAACGUCUCAUUGACCGCGAGAUCUCCAAGCGUGUCUGGUGGUUCUUAGUCCGGCAAGACUGGCUGCAAAUCCCUUUCAAUAACACAUACAAUAUCCACCCAACGCAAUUCAACACUCCAAUGCCGAAGAACUGUGGAGAAGAGCCAUCUCUCAUGUUUUCCUCAAACGCUGUUAUUGACCAUGACCAGGAGCACUACACGCAAGGAAGUUAUACUAUGGUGCUUAACCAUGUGGCUGUUUUGAUUUGGAAAACGCAAGACCAACUGUGUCAACAAGGUCACCCAAAUGCAGUUGAAGGUGGCCUUCACAAGUUGUAUGGAGAAGUGAUACAGUCUGAUCGUGAGAUGAGAGAGUUGAUGGAUAAGAUGCCGAGUUUUUUCAGGAAUGCAUCUAGAGACCAUGAGCUUCCUACUCAUAUCCGACAGCAGCGGGAGGUGUUAUCGCUUUCAUAUGCACAUAAAUUCUACUCGAUACAUCGACAUUUUCAAAUUCCCAGCUUCAAGGAUCCAUGGUUCGCAUAUACCAAGGUUUCGUGUCUCCCAAUUAUGCGCCGGAGUCUUGCCACAAUACUUUCGCUACCAGAGGGCCCUUACACAUCCAUUGUCAGGAGCCUGUGGACAGUAAACACACAAGUUUUGACGACGGUAGUGUGGCUUCUAUUCGAACUUAUAUUUUCAAGGGGUACCGGUCCACAGUUGCUUGACCAAAAAGAAAUACGUGGCCUGUCAUUAAAGAGCUCGAACUUUCUCCAACAAAACCAGACCAAGAGCCGGAUCGCGAAACGAGGUGUCUCCCUGAUAAACACUCUCUUGGAACUGGAUAGGAGUGUAGAAAGAGGCGAUGACACAGAAUUCAAUCUUCAGGAAAUUAUAUCCCGUGUUGAGAAGAACGAUCCGGACUCAGGUAGAGGGUCGGGUGGAGUGGCUUCUACUGAGCUCAAUGGUAACUCCUUUGUGGAUUGGCUUUCUAGGGAUGCUGCAAUCUUGGGUUUUACAAUGGAUAUGUUAUACAGUGUAUAG